AUUUCAACCCCGCGCUCUGCCCCACGAUCUGGUUGUCAUGACCACCUUGGUCCCUCUGCUGCUUGCGGCCUCUGGAGGCUUCUUGUGGGCCUUUGGUGUCUUGGGAAAGCGACUGGGUGUGGAGGGUGCCACCAAUGCCAACCGUGGUGUGCGUGCUGCGCUCACCAUCUUCGUCUACACCCUCACCACAGCCAUCACACCGUUGUUCAACGUUUGGCGACUGGGAUCAGAGGGUUGGCAUCGCACCUGGAACAACCCGGAGUGGUCUUCGCGACUUCCGCUGCUGAUCAUCUGUGGUGUGGUGAGUGGAAUCGGAGGUCUGCUGGGCACCAUUGCCUUUGCGUGGGCUGCCGGCUCUUCGUCCGGCUUGAUCUCGAUGAUUGAGAAUGGAACCUACACCAUGAUGAGCGCGAUUAUCAUCGCGAUCUACUUUCAGGAGCACCCCAAGACACAAGCCUACUUCGGUUUCGCUUUGAUCAUGCUGGGAGUGGUUUUGGCGCAGAAGUCCUCCACCCAACGGAUGGAAGUCCAACAGGAGGAGACCAGCGACGGCGAAAGCAGCGUGGCCUCGGCCGCCGCCGCGGCGUCCGUGGCCAACCGCAGCCGAGCGUCGUCCAACGGCAGCGGCGCCAUCGAACUGGGUGAAAGGAAGGCCGAGAGGAUUGGGAUGGGAGACUGUGAAAGCCUGGAACGUUCGGACACCAGGAUGGAGACCUCCAGCAGCGACUGUGACGACUCCUUCGUGGCACCGACGCGCUUCAGGGUCCAGGCAGUAGCCCUGGCAGUCGUGGCUGGGACAUGUUGGGGCUUUGGUCCCCUGGGGAAGAAGAUUGGGGUGCAUGGAAGCACGGAUGAUCAGAAAGCCGAGUGGGCUGCAUGCACCUACUUCGUGUACAUGCUCUCCACCACAGUGGUGCCGUUGCUACGGGUGAUCUGCAGCGACGCCACCGAACGGCGAGAGUCGCUGCGGGAUGCGUCCUUUAGGUGGCUGUUGCUGGGCACGGUGGUCUGUGGCAUCAUCAGUGGCUGCGGGGGCAUGUUGAGCACCUUCGCCUUUGCGCAAGAGAAUGAGGGCUACUCCGGCGCCCUGAUUUCGACCGUGGAGAAUGGUAUUUACACCGUCUUCGGUGCUGUGCUGAUCACUGUUUUGUUCAAAGAAUCGUUGAGCAAACAGCAGAUGAUCAGCGCUGCCUGUGUAACACUGGCCAUUGUGAUCUUUGGCUUGGACUUUCACGCGCUGGGGAAGCUCUUUGGGUGGAAGUGAGGCUCUUCGCCGGCAUAGGAUUCGGUGGAGCUCAGCAGCCGAGAACGAGG